AUGGCCUUUGAGACAUCUUCAUCUGGAGACUUUGCAUGUCUGACCAAUGAGGAUUGUAACAAUCUUGGAGAGUGUAUACAGAAUAUUUGUCACUGCAAUGGAUAUGUGUCUGGCUCAAACUGCUCAACACCAUUCACAGAGAUACUUGGCAACAGCUUCACUGCAUUCCGAUUAUUCUUCCUCAUCUCAUUCAUCCUUCUCACAUUGUACAUAAUUGUAAAUACCUACAAAUCAUUCCAUCUAUGGAGUCAUGGCAAAGUAGGAUUCAAACUCAAAGCCAUCAAUCACUUGGUAAUCCUUGCAUUCGCCAUUUUGCGUAUAAUAUACUUCUCAGUUGAUCCAUGGUCGAAUAUUGAUAUAUUCCCAUAUGCAUUGUCGAUAUUCUUGUAUAACUUCCCGUUGUACUUGUUGUUCACAUCGUAUCAAUUGUUCUUGUUGUAUUGGGCAGGAACAUAUCAUAGUGUAUCAAGUGUAGAGAGUGGAAAUAUAUUCAUACCAAAGACAAAGGCAGCAUUCAUCGUUUGCAAUGGUAUAUGGUUUGGAUUCGAAGUUGCUGGAGUACUAUCCAACCUACUCAAGUUCAGUAGAAGCGUCUCACAAAUCAUCUCAUUGACAUUCAACAUCUACCUCACCAUGGCGUCUGUCACCAUCGGUAUUGGCUUCGUCAUCUACGGCACCCUACUCUACAAGCGCAUCUCAAAACUACAAACCAACAAAGAGAAGAAGAAGGCAACACUUCGAAAGUUGUUGAUUAUAACUAUUAUAUUGUCAUUCUCUAUAUCAUGUAUCAUUGUACCAUCGAUUGUAUUCAAUAUGUUGAAGUUUGUACAACAUCCAACGGGCGCAUUGAUAUAUGCUUGCUUCGUACAUGCACUCGAGUGCAUAUUGACAGUGGAGGAGUUGGUCAUCUUGAAGCCGAGAGCAACAGGACCCAAUUCCAAUGGCACAGGUAACGAUAAGUCAAUGACUACAUUCGAUAAACGAUCAUCUGGUGCCAAUCAUACUGGCAGUGGUGUUGACACCAAGAGUGGAGCAGAUGCCGAGAACAACAACAAAGAUGGUGUUCGAAAGAAACUUCUUUGUUUCUAA